AUGUCGUCGGCUCUCAACGCGAUGAAGAUUCGACGCAAGAAGAAUGUCAAGAAGGGAAUUCAGUUCUGCCUGAUGGUCUGCGGUGCCAGCGGUACUGGUCGCACAACCUUCGUCAACACUCUCUGUGGCAAGCAAGUUUUGGAGGGCAAGGAAGCCGAUGAUGCUGCGAAUGCUCACAUCGAGGAGGGCGUUCGUAUCAAGCCCGUCACCGUUGAGCUCGAAUUGGAUGAAGAAGGCACUCGUAUUGCCCUAACCAUCGCAUGUCCCCGUCUCACCACCCAACGGGCCCUCCCCCCACUAACCCCCCAAAAUAGCUUCGGCGAGAUUGUUGGCUAUCUCGAGCGCCAAUACGAUGAUAUUCUUGCGGAGGAGUCCCGAAUUAAGCGUAACCCCCGUUUUAGGGAUAACCGUGUUCACGUCCUGCUCUACUUCAUCACACCCACCGGCCACGGCCUUCGCGAGCUCGACAUCGAAUUGAUGAAGCGCCUGUCGCCUCGUGUUAACGUCAUCCCCGUCAUUGGCAAGGCCGACUCCCUCACCCCCGCAGAAUUGGCUGAGUCCAAGAAAUUGAUCAUGGAGGAUAUUGAGCACUACCGCAUUCCCGUCUACAACUUCCCCUACGAUAUCGAGGAGGAUGAUGAGGACACCGUGGAGGAGAACGCCGAGCUCCGCGGUCUGAUGCCCUUUGCCAUUGUUGGCUCAGAGGACUUUGUCGAGAUCGAGAACCGAAAAGUGCGCGCCCGACAGUACCCGUGGGGUGUGUGCUUGCUCCACAGCCAUUUGGCUGAUCUGAAGGAGAUCACCCACGAUUUCCUUUACGAGAAUUACCGUACUGAGAAGCUCAGCAAGAGCGUCGACGGUGCCGCUUCUGGCGGAGAUUCCAGCAUGAACCCCGAGGACCUUGCCUCUCAGUCCGUUCGCCUCAAGGAGGAGCAGCUCCGUCGCGAGGAGGAGAAAUUGCGCGAGAUCGAGAUCAAGGUGCAGCGCGAGAUUGCCGAGAAGCGACAGGAGCUGCUGGCCCGCGAAAGCCAGCUCAGAGAAAUCGAGGCUCGCAUGGCCCGCGAGGCAAGCCAGAGCAAUGUCAGCGAAGCCAAUGUAGAGGCUUAG